AUGCACCCGGCGGGGCUCUGCGCCGCCUGCCUGGGUUCCCUGGGGUUGCUGCGGCUCCUCGGUGCUCCCUGGCCCUGGAGUUUGGCCGCGACCUUCGGUGUCUGCCUGGGCGGCGGAGGAUGGAGACUGCUGCGGCUGCUCGUCAGGACGGCGCCGAGAGACCUCUUUGGCCUCUCGGUGCUGCUCCGAGUCAAGUACCAGCUGAGGAGGCACCAAAAGGCCAAGAACACCAUCCCCAAGAUCUUCCAGGAGGUUGUCCACAGGCACCCCGAGAAGGUGGCCUUCAUCUACGAAGGCACUGGCGAGCAGUGGACCUUCAGGAGGCUGGAGGAAUACUCCAACUCCGUGGCCAACUUCUUCUACCAGCAAGGCUUCCGCCUGGGGGACGUCGUCGCCAUCUUCAUGGAGAGUCGCCCGGAGUUCGUUGGCCUCUGGUUGGGCAUGGCCAAGGUUGGCAUUGAAGCAGCUUUGAUCAACUUCAACCUGCGCUUGGACUCCUUGGUUUACUGCGUGGCCACCUCGGGGGCCAAGGCUGUGGUCUUCGGAGGGGAGUUGGCCUCAGCCAUCUCUGAAGUCAAUGGGAUGCUGGGGAAGAACAUGGUCAAGUUCUGCUCUGGUGACUUCCACCCAGCUGAGGUUCCUCCAGACACCAAACAUCUUGACCCUCUCCUGAGGUCCACCUCCACCUCAGCCCCGACGCAGAUCCCAGGGAAAGGCUUGGAUGAUCGACUCUUCUACAUCUACACCUCAGGAACCACAGGGAUGCCCAAAGCUGCCAUCGUGGUCCACAGCAGGUACUAUCGGAUCGCUGCCUUCGGUUACUAUGCCUACAGGAUGCGGCCAGAGGAUGUCCUCUACAACUGCCUCCCCCUCUACCACUCUGCAGGGAACAUCAUGGGAGUUGGGCAGUGCCUGAUCCAUGGCCUCACUGUGGUCAUCCGGAAGAAGUUCUCAGCCUCUCGCUUCUGGGACGACUGCACCAAGUACAGAUGCACGAUAGUUCAGUAUAUCGGGGAAAUCUGCAGGUACCUCCUCAACCAGCCUGUGAAGGCCUCCGAGAGCCUGCACUGCGUCCGCCUGGCCGUGGGCAACGGCCUCAGGCCGACCAUCUGGGAGGACUUCACCAGGAGGUUCCGGAUCCAGCAGAUCGGAGAGUUCUACGGAGCCACGGAGUGCAACUGCAGCGUGGCCAACCUGGAUGGCAAGGUCGGUGCCUGUGGCUUCAACAGCCGCCUGCUGCCCAACGUCUACCCCAUCCGGCUGGUGAAGGUCAACGAGGACACCAUGGAGCUGCUCCGGGACCCCGCAGGCCUCUGCGUCCCCUGCCGGCCAGGAGAACCUGGGCUGCUGGUGGGCCAGAUCAACCAGCAGGACCCCCUGAGGCGCUUCGAUGGCUACGUCAGCCCCGGGGCCACCAGCAAGAAGAUCGCCACCGACGUCCUGCGCAAGGGGGACCAGGCCUACCUGUCAGGAGAUGUUCUGGUGAUGGAUGACCUUGGCUACCUGUACUUCAAGGACCGGAGUGGGGACACCUUCCGCUGGCGCGGGGAGAACGUCUCCACCACGGAGGUGGAAGGGACCCUGAGCCACAUCCUCAACCAGACCGACGUCGCCGUCUACGGCGUGGAAGUGCCCGGGGUGGAGGGCAAAGCUGGCAUGGCUGCCAUCGCAGAUCCCAAGGCCAAGGUCAACCCCAACGUCCUCUACCAGGAGCUGCAGAAGGUUCUGCCCCCCUACGCCCGCCCGGUCUUCCUGCGCCUCCUGCCCCAGGUGGACACCACAGGCACCUUCAAGAUCCAGAAAACUCGCUUGCAGCGGGAAGGCUUCGACCCGCAGCAGACCUCGGACCGUUUGUACUUCCUGGACCUGAAGCUGGGCAGAUACAUCCCUCUGGAGGAGCACCUCUACGAGAGGAUCCGUGCUGGCAAAGCUGCUUUAUGAUCCACCAGCAUUCAGCCCUUUUGGGGCUUUGGGUUUUGUUUUUUUUUUGUUUGUUUGUUUUUUUCCAGCUCUUCAGGGACUGAUUGAGGGCCUCCUGGAUUCCUGCCAGGUGCUUUGAGCCUGCCUGCCCCUGAAGGCACAUUAACCCCUCGCCUGCUGCCUCCCCUGGGUGCUGCCACCUCAUUAACCUGCCCCCUUGAUGCCUCUAGAGAGUAUUUUUGUAACCACUACCCACUUAGGGAGGGGCACCAGGGUCGUAUUUAUUGACAGGGACCCUCCCCCCCCCGGG